AUUUCCCUCGGUAAUGUUCUUCUCCCAGGGGCAAUGGAGGCGGAGCAACUGAUGCACCUUUGAUGCGUCCGUAUAUAUUUUUGUAGUCUCAAAACACUGAUUUUUUCGACUGCCCAGCUCUGUUAUUUUUUGCUAUCUUUUUAAGGUGGGUCUCGUGGACAUCCUUCACUAUGCGAUUUUUCGAGGACUACUGGUAGGUGAAUGACUGUCUUUAUAAGGAUUAUUUGUCAUAAUCUAUCUUCAGUGUGUUUAAUUGUACACUGUACCUUUUUUUCACCAAGAUACCUUAUUUUAUUCCAAGUAAAAGAGCAACUUUUGGACAUCAAUCUACCGUUUCCAUCUAAAAUUCAGUGGAGUUUUUAGUCAUUCAUGAUGGAAACAAUGGCAUUGAGUGGAAACUGUAGAACUAACUCUACGUCCAACGACCAAGGAUCUGUUCAGAAUAGUUUCCCAGAUGUUGUAGAAUUAAAUGUCGGGGGACAGGUGUAUUACACGCGUCAUGCAACGUUAGUAAGCACCCCGAAUUCCUUGCUUGGAAAAAUAUUCUCACCCAAGAAAGAUACCACUAACGACUUGGCGCGGGACCCUAAGGGACGCUAUUUUAUCGACAGAGAUGGAUUUUUAUUUCGAUAUGUGCUGGACUUCCUCAGAGACAAACAAGUUGUACUGCCCGACCAUUUUCCAGAGAAGGGGAGGCUUAGGAAAGAGGCGGAGUACUUUCAGUUGUCAGACAUGGUCAAACUAUUGACCCCCGACGAUUUAAAACACAGUCCAGACGAUUACUUCCACAGUGAUUUUGAAGAUGGUUCUCAUGGCAGCGACCACAAGAUGUGUCCGCCGUCGUCACUGGUCCCGGCGGACAGAAAAAGUGGGUUCAUUACAGUUGGUUACAGGGGCUCUUGCACAAUGGGCAGAGAGAGUCAAACUGACGCCAAAUUCAGAAGGGUCCCGCGGAUUUUGAUUUGUGGGAGGGUUGCGUUAGCCAAGGAAGUUUUUGGGGAGACCUUGAAUGAGAGUCGAGACCCAGACAGGACACCGGAUCGAUAUACUUCCAGGUUUUACCUGAAGUUCAAACACCUUGAGAGAUCAUUUGACAUCCUGUCAGAGUGUGGUUUCCAGAUGGUUGCCUGUAACUCUUCAGUCACAGCGUCCUCCGUGAAUCGACACACAGAGGACAAGAUCUGGUCAAGUUACACUGAAUACAUCUUCUAUCGUAAGUGGCUUUCGUUUUUACCAGGUACCAUCGUAACUCUACACACAUCCCAUGUGAAAUAG